AAUCUUCCGCAAGCGGCAAGGGUAGCGUUAAAGACACCAGACGCCUCUCCUCUUUCUUUUGUUCGCUGCCCCUUGUUGGGAGGUUAGGGUUCUUUCUAAAGGAGGAUUGUUGCAGUCUCGCAGAUUAAUUACUCGGUUGUGAAAUUAGACAAUGGAGAAGUAUUCCAUGGCAGCGGUUGAAGAUCCAAAACUUGAUUUGUUUGAAGAUGAUGAUGAAUUUGAAGAGUUUGAGAUCAAUGAAGAAUGGGAUGACAAAGAAGAGGGGAAAGACACAAGCCAGCAAUGGGAAGAUGAUUGGGACGACGAUGACGUCAAUGACGACUUCUCGCUGCAGCUCAAGAAAGAAUUGGAAAACAACUCGGAGAAAAGUUGAUUUCCAUCUCUCAUCAUUCCUUCGGUUGUCUAGUGUUCAUGUCUAGUUUGACAGUGAGGAAACAGAUUAUCAUAGUGCUCUUGCGUCUUAAAUUUGUGCCCAUGUCUCGUCUAGAUCUGGGCAAACUUUAUUGUGAUGAAUUAUACAAACGACUUCAUACUAGGUGGAUUGGAUCAAAUUUUUAACCUUUCUACUUAUGUAAUAUUUCUGCAAAAUUUGAAUUUGUAACGCACA